CCAAUGAAGACUGCCAUGUUGUGUGUUUUGACAUGCAGGGAGUAGUAUAUACGCCUAACCUGACACAUUCGAAUGUCUACUACCAAAGACAGUUGGCCAAUUACAACCUGUGUAUACAGGAGAUGGGCACCGACAAGCCCCCUACAAUGUGCCUAUGGCAUGAGGGCAUUGCCCAUAGAGGCUCAGUAGAGGUAGCAAGCUGUUUGCUAAAGUGGGUGCAGACUUCUUUCACGCCCCUAGUUAAUGCGAAGGAGCGAAAGCUAGUUCUGUACAGCGACAGAUGUUGUGGCCAGAAUAACAACUGGCGGAUUUUAAACCUGAUGGCCCUGCUUGUGUCAAGGAAGUAUUUCACAGAAGUACAGCAGAAGUUCAUGGUUUCUGGCCACUCCUUCCUGCCAUGUGACCGCUCCUUUGCCACCCUGGAGAAGAGGCGAAAGGUCACGACCCUCUACACCCCCAGUGAUGUCCAUGAAAUGGUACUCGGAGCCCGGCAACAGCAGCCAUUCAACGUGCUGGAGAUGAAGUGCCAGGACUUCAGGCAGCUACCUGACACAACCCUGAGGCGUCCACCUGGCUUCCUGAUCACAUCCAUGAUGUGGAUGAAAGUGACAGCUUCGGAUCCGUGGUUUGUCCAUUCAAAGGGGAGCCACAGCCUCUAUGAGGGGUGGAAGACCUGGCUGGUCACGAAGCCAAAGAAAAAUGGCCCACCUCCACUUCCCUCAUUCGCCACAUCAUAUGCUCGGGCUUAUGAAGACCCUCUGCCCAUCAAGAAGGAGAAACAUCAUGACCUCAUGACCAUGAUAGAGUACAUGCCUCCAAACGCCCAAUCAUUUUAUCAGGCACUUGAAUGUGAAGAGUAGUCUACCUCUAGCUGCC